AUGUCGCGCCAUCACCCCGAUCUCGUAAUGUGCCGCAAGCAAGCCGGCAUCGCCAUCGGCCGCCUCUGCGACAAGUGCGACGGCAAGUGCCCCGUCUGCGACUCCUACGUCCGCCCCACGACCCUCGUCCGCAUCUGCGACGAGUGCUCGUUCGGAAACUACCAGAACAAGUGCGUCGUCUGCGGCGGCGAGGGCAUCUCGGACGCCUUUUACUGCUUCGAGUGCACGCGCCUCGAAAAGGAUCGCGACGGGUGCCCCAAGAUUAUAAACCUCGGCAGCUCCAGGACCGACCUGUUCUACCAGAAGAAAACCAAUCGGACGGCGACGUACUAG